AUGGAUGAUAGAGUGUUUGUUGGGUUGGUUAUAGCAAUCCUUGCGGUAUUAAUCUAUUAUCAGUGGACAUUCGUUGCUUGUCUUCUGACAAUUGUUGGAACCGGAGUAGCUGUUCGAAGACAAAUAGCAGUGACAGACAAUCAAAAAUUUAGAAAAGAUCUGCAGACCAAUAUAAGAGGUUCAGAUAAAUGUAGCAGUGCAAGGAAUAUUCAAACUUUGGAGAUGAGUCGAAUGCAUGCAAAUGACGAUGAAAACUGUAAUGUUGACAGAAAUGAGGGAGAAAAUGAUGAAAAGGAACCUAAAAAAGAUCUUCAGACCAAUAUACUUAUAAUAGGUGCAGAUAAAAGUAUAGAUAAUAUUAAGACUCCGGAGACGGAUCGAUUGGAUGCAAAUGUAGAUUAUUGUACUGUUGAUACGAAAGAGGAGCACAGUGAUAAAAAGCGAUAUUAUCAAAUAGGAGAAACAUUUUCAGAGACAACGCUAAGGGAUGACACAAACGUAGCUGCUAUUUACAGCGACACAGCUAAUAAAGCAGGCACAAGCUUUCACGAAGAGGACAGGGAAGACAGAGAGGAAUUCGUCAGUGAAGUAAAAAGCCACGAAGAUGACAAAAAGCCAGAGGCUACCAGUAUUAAAGAAAAGGAGAUGGAUGUACGUGUAUUAGGUAGUGUCUAUGGUCGAAGUACCGAAAACACAACUACAGCUCAAUGUAUAUCACACGAAACUAACGAGAGGAUCAAAAUCAAAAGCACUGAAAACAUUGAAAAGGCAUUAGAUAUGCAAAAAGGCCAGUCCGCUAACGAUAAAUCUGGUACCAAAAUAGCUGAACAAGUGAUCGACGAAACAAACAUUAUCAAUUCUACAGAGAUUUUGAAUAUCACGUGUGCAAGUGUUGAAAACUCUUUGAUAGAGUCGACAAGUUCGGACAACAGGCUUCAAUGUACAUUAGAAGAAUAUGGAUUAGAUAAUUGUCACUGGUCAAGAAUAUUGAAGGAUCAUCUAGGUGUUACAACAGUACAACAACUAGAAUACUUAGAUGGAGAGGACACACAAAAGCUGAAAGAACAUGUUCGUCAUAACUGGGAGAAAAAGGCAUUAGACAAAUUGUUCAUUCAAGACGAAUCCAAUGUAAAAUAUAAAAGUGAUGCUACAAAAGGAAGCACUGAAGAAACAGUGUCCAAAAGAACGAGUGAAAACCAUUUUGGCCAAAAGAAAUCAAAAAUUGACAAUGAUAAUUCAGAAAACGUUUCUGUUCAUAUCUCACAGGAGCAAACACUGGCCGUUGUCAACAAACUUGGAUUGCGUGGCUUUUUCCCAAAUGGGCUUACAUUACAAAGCAUUAUACGAAUUCAAAAACUAAGCAAUCAUGAUAGAUUUGAUGAUAUACCGUGGGUUUUUAUGAGAAAUAUCAUGAUGAUUAACUGGACAGCUCGAGAUAUCUUAAUUGAACGACAUUUAGAAAGAUUAUGGGAAUCGCAGCAGAUGUCGACAGAGGAUUGGAAUUUCGAAAGUACGAACAAAGAUACAGAUGUACCAAAAAACACUCCGCAGACGAUCAAUCCACUUGAUUUGAUUGUCGCUUUAUGGCAGUGUUGUUCUCCAAUUUUACUACAGGUUCUGUCUACUAAAAUGUUCAUGUGUCGUCUUUCAAUUCCAUUUUCAUUACCACCAAGAGAGGAUAGUCUACCUGUUUUAUCUGUCUGGGGAAUACGUCAAAUCAUCAUAGAGCAGAAGACAAUUGGUGGAACGUUACAAACGUCAGCAUAUAAGUGUCCAUGCCAUGUCGUAUCAUUCAUUAGGUUGGGAAAGAUAUGUAUAUCAAAAUCGAAACUGAUAAAUCAGCUCCUAUCAGAACAGUACCAUGACACGUUUUUCAACCGAGACUGUCCUUUGGGUACAACUAAACGUCUAAUUAGCGACGGCUUGCUUGAAGCAGCUUGGCAUUUACCAAGAGAAAAUUCAGAAAAUGUCAUGUUAUACCUUAAUUUACGUGGUGAUGGGUUACUGCAUGACACGCAAAUACAUGUUAUAUCUCAAAUUUCCUCUGUAGUAGUGAUUUUGAUGGACAUAAGUCUUCUCAGUCAAACAUCAUCUACGGAAAUUUUACAUAAGAUGUAUGAAAGUACAACAGGCGUAGUUCUCGGCAUAGAUGCAUGCAAUAGAUCUGAUCUCGAAGCUAGAGCAAUUUGUUUGAAACAUUUAACAGACAAUUCAAAUUACCGUAAUAAGAUUAAAGUUUGCAAACUUGCUGUUGACGAUACUAUAUCAAGUUUUUCUUUAAUAAAGAAAGAAAUGAUGAAAGGAGUGACCGAUAUCGCCAGUUGUGAUCCAAUGAUAUCAUUUUCGAAACGGCUAAAUAAAACUAAGAAAGACUGUUAUCAUAUUGAUGAGGAUUCAAAAAUGUUUCAACAAGCCAUUAAAAAAGCAGCAGAAAUUACUCAGUUGCUACAAGAUGAUAGCAGUAAUUUAAAAGAUAGACAUGUCCCCCUGCAAGGAAAUCUUUGGCGACAAUUUAGUGAAAUACAAAAGGCAAAAAAGCAGUCAACUUUGCACCAACCUAUCACCGACGAGGAAAAUAAAAAAGAAGAAAUGAUGAGACAUCGCAAAGAGCAGCUUAAAAUACUUAAACAACAAAGAAAUCUUAUGAAAAGGUUUCAAUCAAACCUUUUAGACAACAAAUCUGACGAAGAUUGUAUUCUAUUUAUCACCUACUUAAGGUUAUUUCUAGAUGAUGUCUCAAGAAACAGCCUGCCUGCAUACCUUAAUCAAUAUCAAAUGGCAUGGCAAGAGCUUAAAACUGAAAGAGAUAACAAGGAAAAGAAGAUGGAAGUUUUACAAGAAAGGCUUAAACAGGCAGAAUAUAAUUUAGCUAACGCUUCGUUCGGUUACGAACAUCUUGUCCGAGAAUGUGGUCAGAUAUAUGAAUGCAUUAUAGAAUGUGAUGAAAAAGAUCUGAUUACCAAAGCAAAAGAUCUAAGCAAAAUUUGCGCAAAAAUUAUUCUGUUAGGACAACCAUUUGAAAUAAUGGAUGGCGAUGCUGCAAAUGUACCUAUAAAAUGGAUCAGAGCUGUUUUCACACAGUUACGAAAAAUAACCAGAAACAAGAAAAUACUUGCCUUAUCCGUUUUAGGUAUACAAAGUUCAGGCAAAUCAACAUUGCUUAACACUAUGUUUGGUUUACAAUUUGCGGUAAGUGCUGGUCGUUGUACAAGAGGGGUUUAUGUUCAGCUUGUGCCAGUGAACAGUGAACAAUUUAAAUUUGACUAUAUUCUUGUCGUUGACACAGAAGGCCUUCGUGCCUCAGAACUUGGAAACCAAAAACGGGAUCAUGACAAUAAACUGGCAACUUUUGUUAUCGGACUAGGUGACAUUACUAUUAUCAACAUAAAAGGAGAAAAUACAGCAGAAAUAACAGAUAUAUUACAAAUAGCUGUUCACGCAUUCCUUCGGCUGAAGUUGGUAAAUCAAAAGUUAAAUCUUAAACAAAAAUGCAUAUUUGUCCAUCAAAAUGUACCUGCUACAGAUGCAAGUGAUAAAAUGUUACACGGGCGUAAGAAACUGGUUGAAAGUCUUGACGAAAUGACAAUAGAAGCCGCUAAACAAGAACAAAUAACAAAUGUGCAGACUUUUGACCAGGUAAUCGACUUUGAUAGUGAGAAAAAUGUAUGGUAUUUUUCAGAUCUUUGGGUUGGAGAUCCCCCUAUGGCACCAACUAAUCCAGGUUACAGUAAAAGUGUUGCAGAUGUUAAACACGCUAUAUUAUAUGAACUUACACCCAAAAGAGACACAUUUUUUACCAUAAAAGACACACUGAUUCGUAUGGAAGAUUUAUGGACUGGUAUAUUGAGAGAUGACUUUGUAUAUGGUUUUCGAAACAGUCUUGAAAUGAAAGCAUACAGCACCAUGGAGAAAAGAUAUCAAGAAGUACAUUGGAACUUGCACAAGUUUUUCUAUGAAUUUGUUAUAAACAAGGCAAAAACGGUGAUCGAGAGUAGCAGUGAAGAAGAUGACCUGGAAACAAGAAGUGUACAGAUAAGAAAGGAAUUAAAACAGGAAGCAGAGUCUAUUGUGAACAUUCUUUUAGCCGAAUUGGAUUCGUUUGUCAACACUAGUGACUUAAAAGAUGCAUGUCUCAGUGGACCCCGACAAGGGCAUUGCGUUUGA